AAACCUAUUUAAUGACCAUGAGGUCUGUGCAGCUCAUGUUUGGAGGUGAUAUUUUCCCCAGAGGUGUCAGGCCCAGCAAGACCCCUGGGUUUUUUCUGGUGCUGUCCCCAAGCCCUUUGCUGCUGGCCCAGGGAUGCUGUGACGGGGACACACAUCAACAACCAAAUCCCUUCUCUCCUGCAGUCACAUUGGAGUCCUCAGCAGGGCUCAGGAGACUUCACAACCAAGUCACUGGGGCCUGAAAGAGCCGGGGAUGAAGCUGGGGGUCACCUGCCUCCUGUGGCUGCUGCUCAUCUGCCUGACCCUGCCUGCCACCCAUGGCCGCGUUCUCCAGCGCUCCAUGGAGAUCAGGAGUAAGGAGAACAUGAACCCGGACAUCGACCCCUCGUGGUACACGGGCCGCGGGAUCCGGCCGGUGGGGCGCUUUGGGAGGCGACAAGCCCUGGCUGGGGACCCCCACCCCGGCUGCUCCGCCCCACACCUGCACCCCCACGCCCCACAGCAGGAGCUGAACCCCUAA